AUGAAUUUAAAAGAUGAAUAAUUUAAUGAAGAAAUCUGUGUGAAGAUCAAGACCUUGGAUAAUCAUACUUUAGAUGUUCGAAUUAAAUAGAGCCAAACAGUGAAUGAACUGAAAAAUUUAAUCGAAAUAGUAACUUGUCAUGUUUAACCAAGGUCUCAAGCAUUCCAUCAUCAAGACAGAGAUUGUUGUUUAAGGGAAGAUAACUCAAUAAUGAGGAUACUUUGAUUUCUUUGAACAUUGAGGAUUAAUGUGUUGUUCAUUUGGUUGCCAAUAUGCCUGAAUUUGAAUCCUCCCCUUUAAAUAGAGGUUUAUCUACCAGUUCGAUUGAUGAACAUGACAAUCGGAAUAGUUGUAUUUAUAUAGCACAUAUACAGUCGAUAUACAAGAGAACAGAAGAAACUCUAGGAAAAAGGUUCUAUAGUAAAGAUUACACGGAUUUCAAUAACUACCAACGAGGAAUUCUUUGCAAUAGAAUGUUAUGACAUUGCAUAAUCUUUUAUAAUCAUUCAACACAGUAGCCGAAGCCAUAGAAUAAGGAUAAAUAUUUGCCUAAAAAGACUUUGAACUCGGUUAAUGGAUCGAUUUCAAGGAUGUCUAUGGGGAAUGGAUUGAAGGUUAUGUUGGAUAAAAAUAAUAAAGUCAGGUUUUAAUUAUUCAUCAAAAUGGAGAGGAAUGGAUAGGAGUUCCAUCAAAUAGAUUAGCAUUAUUCAGAUCUCACACAAUACAAAAGACUUAUCAUAUGUCUCCCAUCUUAAAUAAUCACGAAUAACAACAGUUAUGGACGUUUAGUGAACUGCUCGGUCAAACGGCUAUGUUGUUAUCUAGAGCUGGCAACAUGAUGUCUAGAUUGGCUGACAGUGUGGAAGACAAAUCGAUCCCUUAAAACAAAAAGGCUGAUAUGUCUAAUCUUAUAACUGGAAUGAUUGAAGAACAAAGAAGAAUCCAGGAAGAAAAAGUGGAGAAGUAGGAUGAUGUUACAUCUCUUAAAUCUAUGAAGUCCAUGAAAUCAGACAAGAUUUCUAUUGAUUAUGAAACAUCAUCAAUUAAAUCUAUGAAGUAUAUUGUUGAACUAAUUAGAUCUGAUAUCUCAAAAUUAACUACGUAUUUUGUUGGCCAUAAUCAUAAUACAAUGAUGGCUGAAAAUAUUGCAGAAGAAGAGGAGAACAGUAGUCAAGACAUGUCAGUUGAUAAUCAAAGGGAUGCUCCUAACAUUUCCAAAGAAUUCAAGGAAAAUUAUGUUUAUUAUGAGACUUCACUGUUGGCUGCCUAAUUAGCCCCUCUAGCUGAUCGACUAGGGAGAUUAUUGUAAAUUUUCAUCUUAACUUUAAUAGAGUUGAUUUAUCCCCAUAUCUUGCAUUGAGUGGAGCCAAUAUUAACAAGUAAUCUUAUGUUAUAUGAAGUAUCUUUCAAAAUCAUCCUAAUUCCAAUAUAUCCAAUUUAUCCAUUAUUACUAAUGAAGGCAGUCAGUAUUCAACUUAAGCUAAGCAAUAUUAUUUUUAAGUCCCUAUUUUGUUAACUCCUUAUGAAUUGCAUACACAAUCAUAGUAUGGAGCAUCAGCCAACAGAAUUGUAGGAGAUAAUGUAGACAUCCUGAAUCACCUCAACAACAAUAAUGGUAAUCCAAGGCCAAAAAAAACAACGAAAAAAGAGGAAGAAGAAAAACAAUAGUUUGUAUCAUUAUCUAAAUAUAAACCAAUUUAAUAAUCAUAUCAUUAAUAAUAUUAGUAAUAAUAAUAACAAUAACAAUUCCAAUAAUAUCAAUAAAUGAAAGAGUCAAAUCUGUAAAAUACAGAAUAGGAUGAUACCUAAUAUUUAUAAUAGUAUUAAUAAUAAAAGAAAUAGUCUGCUGAUGAAUAGAUUAAAAAGAAAAAGAAAGGGAAAGAAGUAUCGUUUUCAGAAUAAAUUAAUCAACUAAAAAAAGACAAAUAAUUUUGA